AUGUCGACGGGAAUACAAAGAAAACCGCAAACCGGGGAACUGCAACCUUCAUUAUCCACCGAAAUUACCGCCCAUCCUCGAUUCACUGUUUUACAAAUGCACCAGGAAAAAGCUCAAAAUCAGGAAGUAUUGGAUCCUUUAAAAUCAGUGGAAACUUUUCAACAGACUACAAAUACACCAUCUAAGGUCACAACAUCAGGUUUUACUUUAGUAACAGCUCUACUGGACAUCGGGAGAGGCGAUUGGUGGGAAUAUCGUCGUCCAUUGGGAAGUUAUUAUGGCUUCCUGGAAAAUUUGCUGAAGUUAAAAGUUAAUUUAAUCAUUUUUGUUGAUCAGAAAAGCGUGAAACAUGUUUACACUCAAAGGAAAUUGUAUCGUUUGGAUCAUAUUACCAUGAUAAUUCCAAUUAAUUUGGCUGAACUUCCACUCUAUCGAUAUAUGAAAACAGCAAUGGAAAUAAUAGCAGAUGAACGAAACGAUAAACGUUGGGGUCAGCAGUGGGAUCGUUCCAUGAGUUCACAUCCGGAAUCAAAAAGCGCCAAAUAUGACAUAUUGGUUAACUCCAAGUCAUACUUUUUGUACAAUGCCUCGAUAAGUAAUCCAUUCAAAAGUGAAUUUUUUGCCUGGUUAGAUGCUGGUUAUGCGCAUGGCAAUCAAUCCGUAUUUCCGCCAUCGUUUCAUUGGCAUCCUACUUUAGUACGCAGGAAAAUUUCCCUCAUUAAGGUGACACCAUUGUUCGACAAUAUAUUCCGAUAUACACUUACUGAUUUGUACCGUAAGAACUGGGCUGUGGUAAGUGGAGGUUUCCUUGGUGGUGAUAUCUAUUCGUUAAAUCGCUUUCAUCAGUUGUACCAUCAAGUAGUCCUCAACCUGAUUCACCAAAAAUACAUCGACGAUGACCAGACAACUCUCGUAUUGCUCAUCCAACAACAUCCAUCAUUGUUUAAUGUGGUACAUGGAGAUUGGUUCGAUGCAUUCUAUUUAUUUCCUUAA